GGAGCCGCGAUACUUCAGCUUAAAAAAACUCCAAGUGCGCCGUCCGGGACCAGCACAUCAGGCUCCACGACGGGACACGAGACAAUGAAGCAACAAGAGAGGAAACGUGUCCAAGUGACUGCGGUGGCAAGUCGCGCGCAAUGACGGGCAGCGUGAGGCGCACAGAAGAGGUAAAGCAGCGGCAAGUCGCAGGUGCUGGAGAGGAAAACUAACACGGACAGAACAAAUGUGCCCAGGGUUGUGAACAACAUUUCAAUUUAUUUUCCACGAGGCAACACUUUAAGGGCUGAAAAUAGACAUUUGAACACAUCAUGGAGCCUGAGGAGCUGACAGAGGGACAAGCAGCGAACCUGUCCCAGUCUGCCGCCUCUAAACUGUCCCAGAUGGGUGAAAGAACUAAACAACUGGGCAACGUGAUCCAGGAGCCACAGCGACAGAAACGGAUCAUUCUUGUGAUAGUUUGUGUUGCACUUUUACUAGACAACAUGCUUUACAUGGUGAUCGUGCCAAUCAUUCCCGAUUACCUUGAGGGGCUACAGAAAGCAGCGGACCAUGCCCAGGCUGCUGCGCCGCACACCAACUCCUCCAACAGCACCGUGCACAAAGUAACCAAAGGCAACUUCGACCUGCAGAUCGGCGUCCUGUUCGCCUCCAAGGCCAUCCUGCAGCUCCUGGUGAACCCGCUGAGCGGCACCUUCAUAGACAGAGUGGGCUACGACAUCCCGCUCUUCAUCGGGCUCAACAUCAUGUUCCUCUCCACCCUCACCUUUGCCUUUGCCGACAACUACGCCACUCUGUUCCUGGCGCGCAGCAUCCAGGGCCUCGGCUCGGCUUUCGCGGACACGUCCGGGAUCGCCCUGAUCGCGGACAGGUUCACGGAGGAGGGGGAGAGGAGCAAGGCGCUGGGGAUCGCCCUGGCGUUCAUCUCCUUCGGGAGCCUGGUGGCACCCCCCUUUGGAGGCGUCCUGUACGAGUUCGCCGGGAAGCGCGUGCCCUUCCUGAUCCUGGCCUGCAUCUGUCUCACGGACGGCGUGCUGUGCCUCAUUGUGCUCAAGCCCUUCUCCAACCGGGAGAGGGACAACAUGCCAGUAGGCACCCCCAUCUAUAAACUGAUGAUUGAUCCAUACAUAGCCGUGGUGGCGGGGGCCCUGAUCAUCUGUAACAUCCCCCUGGCUUUCCUGGAGCCCACCAUCGCCAAAUGGAUGGAGCAAACCAUGCAUUCCAGCGAGUGGGAGAUUGGCAUGACCUGGUUCCCCGCGUUCUUCCCUCACGUGUUAGGUGUGUAUCUCACUGUGAAACUGGCAGCCAAGUACCCCCACCUGCAGUGGUUCUACGGAGCAAUAGGCAUGGUGUUCAUAGGGGCCAGCUCGUGCACCGUGCCGGCCUGUAAGAACUUCGGGCAGCUCAUGAUCCCUCUGUGCGGCAUCUGCUUUGGCAUCGCCUUCGUGGACACGGCGCUCCUGCCCACGCUGGGUUUCCUCGUGGACGUGCGGCACGUGUCCGUGUACGGCAGCGUGUACGCCAUCGCAGACAUCUCCUACUGCGUGGCGUACGCCUUGGGCCCCGUCGUGGCGGGACAGAUCGUGCACGACCUGGGCUUCGUGCAGCUCAACCUGGGCAUGGGGCUCGCCAACGUGCUUUACGCGCCGGCGCUCCUGCUGCUGAAGAACGUGGCGCAGAUGAAGCCUUCCUUCUCCGAGCGCAACAUGCUCCUGGAGGACGGCCCCACGGGACUGUACGACACCAUCAAGAUGGAGCAGAGGGAGAGGAAGAGGAAGGGGCUGUGCACGACGAUCGACGACAACGGCAUCGAGACUUUUGUGCAACGCUCGCACUCCGAGGACGAGUCCUCCGGAGGAGAGUACGCGUAAAAGACCCGGAAACUUUCCAAGUGUGCGCGUUCUUUUCCAUCCAAUCAGCUGUAAAACAUGGAUUGUCACAACACAUCUGCUCCAUGACAUGCGCGGGUGUUGUGGAUCUGUGCUGAAGUAAAUGUCUGAUCAUUGACAGUAUAGCCUGUUCAUCACUGUAGCUCACUCAUUCAGGGAAUAACAUUAAAGAAAACUGUAACGUGCGCGUCUUUUAGUGUCGCCUGUGUUUAUUUUGACGAAAGAAAAAAAUGCAACAACAAAAAAAAUGUGUUUUGCACAUGCAGCGGUUUUAAAGUGUUGGAAAUGAAC